GAAAAGAAAACAGUAAGUAACAUAACUUUACUUUCGACGCCUUAGUUUUCUAUAUUUCUAAAAUCAAGCCAACUAUAUCAAUAGGUGAACUAUUAUGCUAUCUGCAUGAAACACUAUAUAAAUACAUAAGUAUUAUUGUUUUUUACAGUCCUGAUGGUUCAAAGUGGACUCCAAAAACUCAUCAUGUAAUAUGUAAUGCUCAUUUCAUUGGCAAGAAAAAAUCAGAUGAUCCUGCGAGUCCAAGCUACGCGCCAACUAUAUUCCCUCCAGUUUAUCAUGCAAAGCAAGUAAAUGAAAGAGCUGUUUUGAGCAGGUAAAUGUACAAUCGACUCAUGAACCGAAGAAAGACUCUUCACAAGCAUAACAUCGGAGUGAAUUGUGGUACUGGAAAUCAAGUUAAUGACGACCAUAACAAUGUUGUCAAUAAUAGUGGACGUGAACCUAUGGAUAUAAGCAGUGCCGAAGUAAUUUUAAAAAGUGAUCAAGAGUGUCAAGUAGAUUUUGUAAGUUCUGCUGGUAUCGAUUUAAUUUUUUUAGUGAAAAUAAAAACUGGACUGACAUUUUCAGCCAUAGCAAUUUUCUUUGGUUUACAUCGGUCAACUAUCUCCAAGAUAUUCUUUUCAACUUUACAAUAUUUGAGUUCGUCAACUGCAAAUUUAGUGUUUUGGCCAAGUAGAGCUGCCGUACAAAAAACUAUGCCGGAAUGUUUUAAACCUCAGUACUCUAAUACUUGGGUUAUCAUAGACUGCACUGAAUUCAAGAUAGAUGUUCCGUCAAGUGUUGACGACCGUAUUUACUGUUACUCUCAUUAUAAGAAAGGUUUAACAGCAAAAGUACUGAUUGGAAUCACACCAUCUGGGUUCAUCUGUUUCAAAUCGAAAGUUGCUGGCGGUAGAAAAGGUGAUUCCCAAUUAACUAUUGAAUCGAAUUUGGUAGAUUCAUUGGAAGAUGGUGAUGUGGUUUUAGCAGAUAAAGGUUUUCCUGAAAUCAGGUCUAUCAUUGGUGCAAGUGGUAAACGAGUAUUUCUUAUUAUGCCACCAUUUUUGGAAAAAAAAUCAGAAUUUUCGAAAGAAGAAACAGAUCUGACUUACAACAUCGCAAGAGUUCGAAUUCAUGUAGAAAUAAUUAUGCAACGACUUAAAACAUAUCAAAUUUUGUAUAAAAUUCCAGAACAUUUGUUCUUUUGCAUCGAUAAUAUUAUUCAUGUUAUCUGCGUCUUAGUAAAUUUACAGCCACCAAUUUUUUCUAAUAAAACAAAAACUAUCAAGUAGAAUAAUAAAAACCUUUAUUCGUAAAAGGUAGUGGUUUUCAUUGUGUAUUU